GCUGCUUGGUGGUGCUGGGGUUGCUGCUGACCAGUGCACUCAACAGAUCUGCACCCACCUAGGACCUGUCCAUCGUCCUCUGGCCUGGCCUCGCCUCUUCUGCACUGUAUCUGUGUUAUUGACUGAGAUUGUGCUUGGGUGGCAACAAAGUUCUGAAACUAGACAGUGAUGAUGGUUGCAACAAGCUUGGGAAUUUACUUAUGUCACUGAAUUGUACACUUUAAAUUGAUUAAAAUGAUAAAAUGGGAGCACGGUGCAAGAAUUUUACCAACCAAUGAACAACUGCUACGAUCAAGAAACAGUCAAAAGGGAAAUGAUUCAUAUUCUCAACAUUGUAUUUCGCUUUGAACGUUUUUUGACGUGUUCGAAUGGGAGUUAAAGUAAAGGAGAAGUUUUUGUGCAGAGGUUGACUCUUCUUCAGCCAGAGGACCCUUCUUUACUGAGAAGGAUAGCAUCUUCCGAGGAUCCAGCUUUGUGAUGAGUCUGGCAUUGUUACCACAUGAGGGUCCCAGCAUUAGGACACUUGAGAACCACUGCUGCAGAGACUUGCAGGUAGCUGCUCACUUGGAAAUUAAGAAAGAGAAGAAAACUUCAUUAGGAUUUGAGCUCUGCCUGUGACAUCAGUUGGGUGACUUUUCAACAGUGAAAGCGAGGAAGGAGGAAGCAAUCACAUCACAUCACAUCAGUGCAGGUGUCUCACCAGUGGUAGCCUUGGAUUGGCAGAAGAUUGCUUUCAGCGGGUCUGCCUUUGGAAAUCAUCAUCUUCUCCCUGACCUGAGUGUCUUUACUCUGUCCCUGUCAUUGAUAGAGGCUGUGUGUCAAAAAAGGAAUUUUUGUAACUACUAAACUGACAGUUGUCUUGAACCUCUUUCGAGAUAUUAGCCUGCACCAAACAGAGAACUAAGGUUAAGAUUGGACAGGUGUCUAUAGCUGUGCUUCAACCAUGACUGGUUCAAAGAAUAAGGCUAGAGCACAGGCUAAAUUAGACAAAAGGGCAAGUGGGCAAGCCAAAGCUUUAGCAGAGAGGGAGGCUGCUAAUGCAGGCAGAGCAGGAGGCAAAAACCGGGACAAAGGAAAACCUAAGUGGGGAAAUAAAGCAGAUGCAGCGUCGGAGACGAGGGGAGGGUCUAAGGGCAGGGCAGCUGCUGAGAUGAAAGAAGGGGGGAGGUCAGAACAUAAGGCUCUAGGAAAAGAUUUCAACCAUAAGUAUGAGUACAAGGGUGCUAGAUCUUCACGUAAAGAGAAGGCUAGUAGUGAUACCUGGUUCUGGACUGGGGAGGAAUCUGGUCUCAAUUCCUGGUUCUGGAAGGGAGAAGAGGUUAGUUAUGAUACUGUUCCUCAGUGUGAAAAUAAAAGUAAUACUGGUACUCAGGGCCGCACUGAGGAGUCAGAGCCUACACCUAAGGCCAGCCACAAGUCUAGGGCUGAGGAGGAGGAGGAAGAAAAUGUUAUUGGGAACUGGUUUUGGGAAGGAGAUGACACUAGUUAUGAUCCUAAUCCUAAACCUGUGUUCAGAAUAGUUAAACCUCAACCAGUGGAUGAAAUUAAUGAGAAAAAUAGGCCAAAGGACUGGUCUGAGGUUACCAUUUGGCCCAAAGCUCCUGCUGUAACUCCAGCAGUGUUAGGUUAUACUUCUCAGGACUCAUCUGAGUCAAGGCCUUCUUCCUUUAUUGUUCUGGCCUCAAAUGAAGAAAAAGCUUCAAAAACAGCCUGUACUAAGAAUACUCGAUCAGGCCUGCAGCCUAUACCUGAGUAUCCAUUUGGUUCUGAUCCUUGCAUCCAGACCUUAGAUGAAAUUAGACAACAAAUCAAGAUCAGAGAAAUGAAUGGCAUCAAGCCGUUUGCUUGCCCUUGCAAAGUGGAGUGCUAUUUGGAUUCUCCAGAAUUUGAAAAGCUUGUUAACAUACUUAAGUCAACUACCGAUCCCCUCAUUCAUAAAAUAGCACAGAUAGCAAUGGGUUUACAUAAAGUUCAUCCAUUUGCCCGGGAAUUCAUUAAUGAAGUGGGUGUGGUGACACUUAUUGAAAGCCUGCUCAGUUUUUCUUCCCCAGAAACUAGAAAAAAGACUGUUAUUACUCUGAAUUCUUCUGGGGAUGACAGACAACACAAAGUUGAAUUUCAUGUGAAGCAUAUGUGUAAAGAAACCGUGUCUUUCCCCUUGAACUCACCUGGCCAGCAAUCUGGAUUAAAGAUAAUAGGGCAGCUAACUACAGAGUCUGUCCAUCACUACAUUGUUGCCAGUUACUUUUCAGAGCUUUUCCAUUUGCUGUCCCAGGGAAAUCGUAAGACUAGAAAUCUUGUUUUGAAAGUAUUUUUGAAUAUGUCCGAAAAUCCAAAGGCAGCUAGAGAUAUGAUCAAUAUGAAGGCAUUAGCAGCAUUAAAACUCAUCUUUAACCAAAAAGAGGCGAAAGCAAAUCUUGUUAGUGCUGUGGCCAUCUUUAUUAACAUAAAGGAACAUAUUAGAAAGGGCUCAAUUGUAGUAGUUGAUCACUUGAGUUACAGUACUCUUACUGCCAUAUUCCGUGAAGUUAAAGGGAUUAUUGAAAGAAUGUAAAAUGAUCCAGAAAUGAAAGAGAACACUGAACAGUGUCCAAAUUCUGAUUGGCUAUACAUUCCCAAAGAGUUUUGCAUACUAUUUUGGUAAUAACUGCUCACACAUUUUGUCUUAACAUCUUUUACAAAUUAUUACCUGUGGCAGGUUCUAGCUCAAAUCUAAAACAUUUUUUGGUGUAUUAAAUGAAUAUUAAAUAUUGAGAUAAACAAGUUUGUCGAUUUCUAUCUUAUCUAGAUUAGCAGAUUUUUAACAUAAUUUUACGUAAGGAAAUUGUGAUCCAGCUGUCAGAAGUACAGUGUCUUGAUGAUUGAUAAUCUGCUUAGAUCUGUUUGUGGCUCCAGGUAGCAAAGAAGAAACUACUGGUCUUGUAAUCUAGUUAAAAAAUAAGGUGUACAAAAAUAAAAAUAAUUGAUGGUACCUACA